AUGUGUCUAAAAGAACUUGCAGACUUAGGCAUUAAUCCUGAUGAUACGGAAUGUGGGCCUAUUGAAACUUUAAUUGGAGCUGACAUAUCGACAUUAGAUAUUUUAGGUAUCAGAGACCCAUCAGAAAGCAAAACAAAAUCCGAACUUGAGAAAGCUGCUAAGUACCAUUUUUUAAAUACAGUGAAAAUCGAGAACGAACGUUUUAUGGUAAGUCUACCAUGGAUUGAAGGUCACCGUCUACUUCCAGACAACUAUGACUUAACACUCAAAAGAUUGAAUUCUACAUUGAAGAAAAUAAAAGUUGAUGGCUUAUAUGAAGACUACGGAAAUUUAUUUCAGGAUUGGUUGAAAGAACGUAUCAUUGAGGAAGUACCAUUGAGUGAAAAAGAUGUUCCUUGUCAUUAUCUGCCUCACAGACAUACUGUUAAAGAAAACAGUACGACACGAAUCCGACCAGUAUUUGAUGCUUCAACAAGGGAAAAGGGUCACCCAGUCUCAAUGAAUGUUUAG